AUGGCGAACAUCGUCACCCGGCCCCUCAGCAUCUUCCGCAAACACGACUCCUCCAAGCCCCAGUCGCAGCCGCAAUCACAUUCACUACACACCAGAUGGGGCGACGCAACCAUCUCCGCGCCAACAGACGGCUCCUGGACCCAAUACGCCACCUCCACCCCUCAUCAAUCUUCCUCCUCAACCCGCAGGAGCAAGAGCAAGAGCAAGAGCACGGACAAGCCAGCCUACGAAGUGGAAUACGUGCCUCGCACGCAUCAACUCAUCGAGUCCCGCCCAAGCUCAACCCUAACCCCAACCUCCACCACUUCAACCUCGACCUCGACCUCCCUAUCACGGCGUCUCUCUAUACGUCUGACGCCUAGAUCGAGGAGCUCCCGCUCAGACUGUGACAUAACCGAACGCCAACCCCUCGUCGAGCGACGAGCCCAGUUCGCCUACAGACCCAUCCGCCAGGAUUAUCCCAGCGAAGUCGCCGAAAAGACAACCGCGGCGCCUCGGAUCACCGUCAAAAGCGGCGCCGAGCGGUCUAUAUCUCCAUCUCCAUCUCCCGCUUCGUCGCUGGAGCCGACGCCCUCGCCAUCGUCGUCGCGCUUCCGGUAUAUCCCUGCCUACCCGCGGUACGAGGAGGAAUUCGCUCGCUCGCGCUUGUCGCGCGCGUACUCCGUUUCUUCAGGGGGUAGUUACAGCGCUGGAGACGAUGAAAAGUGGGAUGAGGGGUUCAACCUGGACUCCGGCUCCGGGUCUCGGAGGAGUGGUUCGUCGGCCAAGAGGCGGGUCUCGGCCAGACGCAUGACCAUGACUAUGGUGCCCGAUGCGGAUGAAAUCUACGGAUGA